AUGGCAGAGAGUCCUGAUGGAGACGCAUUAUCAGUCAUUGAGAACCCGGCAGCCGUCAGCCAUCCCUUUCCUUCCGAUAAGGCAGCAGUAGUCGAACAAAGCGAGGGAGUGCAGAGCAGCUUGAAAGGGUUUCAGAACACAACGCAUGCUCACAGGCUGGUGAGGCUGGUGGCAGCCGUGUGUGCACUUGGACUCUUGGGAGGCUUGGCUGUCGGCGUCUGGUUGCUAGUCAAAUUUCUCCUGAGGCCAUCAUCCCCUCACAGUGCAGUGGGGCUGGGGGACACAAAGGAGACGGCUUUCUGCAACGUGACAGACGAGGUUUCUAUUGCCGACCCCAGGAAAGUGUUUUACAGGAUCAGCCCUGAGAACUCUCUGCUGGAGAUCCAGCUGGGAAAGGUGCCCACCUGGCUGCCAGUGUGCUAUGAGCGGUGGAACUCGUCGCUGGGAACACUGGUCUGCAGGCAGCUGGGUUAUCUGAGACUGACCAAGCACAAAGGCGUGAAUCUGACAGAUAUUGGGCCCAACUACACGGAAGGCUUUCUACAGAUUACCUCAGAAGAACGGGGAACUCUGGAAAACAUGUGGCAGUUCAGGCGGAGCUGCAUCACUGACAAGGUUAUCGCCUUGCAAUGUUUUGAGUGUGGCACACGAGCAAAGCUGCCCAGGAUAAUCGGAGGAGUGGAGGCCACACUGGGAAGGUGGCCCUGGCAAGUCAGCCUCUACUACAGCAAACGCCACACCUGCGGAGGCUCCAUCAUCACCAGUCAAUGGAUCGUCACAGCUGCUCACUGUGUGCACAACUACAGGCUGCCGCAGGUGUCCAGCUGGGCGGUCUACACAGGCGUGGUGACACGCAACUUGGCGAAAAUGAUGGAGCACACGGGGCACGCCGUGGAGAAGAUAGUCUAUAACAAGAACUACAACCAUGUGAGCCACGACAGCGACAUCGCCAUGAUGAAAUUGCGGGACCCGCUCAAUUUUUCAGAUACAGUUCGCCCGGUGUGUCUGCCUCAGUAUGACUAUGACCCUCCUGGAGGUACGCAGUGCUGGAUCUCUGGCUGGGGAUACACACAACCGGAUGGUGUUCACUCAUCUGACACCCUGAAAGAGGCCGCCAUUCCUAUCUUAGGCACCAACAAGUGCAACAGCUCCUGCAUGUACAACGGCGAGAUCACACCGCGGAUGCUGUGUGCCGGAUACACGGAGGGAAAAGUGGACGCGUGUCAGGGGGAUAGUGGUGGGCCUUUGGUGUGCCAGGAUGACAACGUGUGGAGGCUUAUGGGGGUUGUCAGCUGGGGGAAUGGCUGUGCCGAGCCCAACCACCCCGGAGUCUACACUAAGGUGGCCAAAUUCCUCGAGUGGAUCUACAAGAUAAUGGAGACUUACUAAGGUGGGACCACGAUGCAAGAGCACCAGAAAUAACAGUGGACAUUUUGACGAUAAACAUUGCUUUUUUAAUUUAUUGCUUAUUUAAUUUAAAGCUACAAUCAGAUAUAUACAGGGUGGGUAAAAAAGGGUAUAUAUUCUUCUUCUCUUUUUUAAAACACAUUUUAUAUUAGUUGUUCUUUUUACCGUGUCAUUUUUUUCUUGGCAUCUUUCCCAUAUUGAGCUCCUUCCUUGCCUCAAAUUUAUUUUUGAUUACUACAUCCUUAUGUCACUGAAACCUAAUUUCCUGUCUUUCUUCCUUCCCUCACACCUGUUUUUAUUCCUGCAUCCUUCUGUCAUUUAAACCUGCCUCAGACCUGUUUUUGUUUUUUAUUUCCAUCUUUCCCUUGUACCUACCAGUCUUCAUUCUCCCUUAGUCCUCCCUUCCUUUCCUCUCCGAGACCCACUUUUUAAUUUUGCAUCCUUUUUUAUUUUGCUUAAAACAACUUUUCUGCCUUCCUUCCUUCGGUACCUGUCCAAUACUGUUUAAGAAUUCACUUUCUUUGUUUCCGACACAAAUUAUUUGCGAUUAUGCACAGUAC